AUGGAUUUUCAAGUUGCGAUUUUAUAUAAUAAUCAAGUAUUAAAAUUAAUAGAACAAGAUUAUAUAUGGCUAUCAAAAUCAUCAAGAGUUGUUGAAAGCAAAUAUUGGAAUAGUUCUGGUGCACGAACAUUGAAUAUUGCACGAUUUCAAUUAAAAAAUGAUGAUCAAUCGAUGAACAUUCUUGUUUUUAAUACUCAUCUAGAUGUCAAAAGUGAACAAGCACGUAAAGAACAAGCGAAAAUUAUUCGAUCAACAAUAGAACAAUGGCAAAAGAAAUAUCCAACAGCUGUAGUUCUUUUAUUUGGAGAUUUUAAUUCUGUUCCAAAACAAACUACAUAUAAUAUACUGACAUCAUCCGAUUUUCUACAUGAUGCGUGGAUAGUUUGCAAAUCUCAGGCAUCUAUAUGUGUAUCGAAUUCAUUUUCAUCAACAUUUAAUGGUUGGUUAGGAUCAAUCAUAAAUACUUAUGGAUUUCAACUUCUACAAUCAAUACUAUUUACCUUUCGUGGUACAGGUAUUCAAUUACCAUGUGAAAUACUCAAACGCCUUCCGUCAUAUAUAGAUAUUUUAAAAGAAUUGUGGCAAUUUCGUCAGAUGUUAAAAUUCUCUGAAAUGAUUAAACUAUGGUUUCUACAUCGAUUUCAUGUCGAUUGGAUUUUAUAUAGAAAUUCUAUUGACGGCAACAAAAUUUUACAACCUCGAUUCAUAGCUGUUGUAGAUAUUCGAUCUAGAAAUUAUUCUUCCGAUCAUUUUCCUGUUGUUGCUUUGUUUCAAUUGAAGAAUGAUAAAGAAAACUAUAAUGAAUCUGGAUAA